CAACUAUCAAUCGAUGCCCAGAAACCGGACACGUUUAGUGGGUUUGCAGUUUCCAAUUUCUACUUCUGGUUUGUCUUCUUUAACAGAACUGAACCUCAGUGACUGUAAUCUUCAGGAGGGAACAAUAACGGAAAAUCUUGGCUGCCUAUUCUCGUUAGUAUCUCUAAAUCUAAGUAAAAACAAUUUUCUUAGUCUUCCCAAAAGCAUAAGUCAGCUUUCUAAGCUUCACAACUUGAAUUUGGAAUGUUGUAAGCUUCUUCAGCAAAUGCCGGACCUUUCACCAAAAGUGAACUUGGGUGUUGGCUCGGAAGGGAGUAAUUCACUGGAAAGGCUGUCAUCGUGUUUCAAUUAUAUUAAUUGCUUCGAAUUGGUUAAAAAUCAAGACUGCAACAAUAUAGCAAUUGCACUGCUAAGGAGAUUUAUUCAGGGAAUCCCUUAUCCAGGAAACAGGUUUGAAACUAUAAUUCCUUGCAGUGAAAUUUCUGGGUGGUUCAUUGAUCGAAGUGCGAGGUCUGGAGUAAGCAUGGACCUACCUGAGGACUGGUAUAUGAAUAAUUGGAGAGGAUAUGCUUUGUGUGCUGUUUUUGGUCUCGGUCGACGUAUACCUGCGGGUAACCUGCUUGGUAAAUGGAAGUUUGAGAAAGAGACCGAUAGCACUGAACAUGGCCUUCGUUGUGAAGUGAGCCCCAACAAUUUGGGUUCAGGCGGCUGGUGUCCUUUCUUUGGCUGCAGCCAAGAAUUAGGCCAAAUUGAGUCAGAUCACAUUUGGCUAUCCUUUGUAGGCUGUGAACAUUUUGGAACUGCAUGGCAAUACAGCUGUCGUCGGCUUGAGUUUUUAUUUAAAACCUUAGGCUCUAGCUUGGAGGUGAAGAAGUGUGGUGUCCGUUUGAUAUAUGACCAAGAUAUUGGUUUAGGCCCUAAACCCUGAACCCAAGUAUUGUCGUAGAGGCAUCUUCUCUCGUCCCAUGAUUGCAUUUAGAAGGAGCGGUUGCCAACCAAUUCCUGUCCAGAAAAGAUUCAUCGGAUAUGAGGUUAUGAAUGAUAUGCA